AUGGCCAGGAACGGAGCUGGGCCAGGCGGACAACCGGUUAAGUCAGCGUGCGCGGGAACUCACCUCUCCCACAGUCGAAGCGGGCGGAACCAGGAUCUAAACUACCCGCGUUGCUGCCACAGCCCCGGAGCCGCGCGCCAGCUCAUUUCGCGCCGGAAGCCGACAGAUUCCGAUUGGCUGCGUCCUGAAGAAGCCGACCAAUACUGUUCCUCGGUGGCACCUGUCCCCCGCCCCGUGGGCUGCCGGGGCGGGAUCCGCGUACAGGACCGAGAAGGGCACGUAUUCACAAAACCCAAUCAAAGCCCGGAAUUCGAGGUCAGGUGA